AUGUCCACAAUAGCAUCACCUCGAGACUCUUCCGUCAAUGGACGUCGAGUCCCCAUCAACGCAACACCUACAUCUUCCUCACGCCCCUCCCUCGAAAUAAACCGUUCCACCUCCGCCUCUCCCAAUCCCCAACAACAGCCCAGAAAAGCCUCCCGCGCCGCCCUCCGCGAAUACUACAACCUCAAAGCCACCCAAUCCAUUCCCGUAAUCCCCGAAUCCUCACCUCCUCGUACAGACACCUUCAGCGAAACCUCCUCCAUCCACGACAUCUCCGAUGUGCAGACCUCACCGCUGGACUCUCCCACCUUCAAUUCAGAAACAUACACCAAACAUGUCUUGGAAACACAGCCGCUCUCUGAGUUAUUGCGGACGUAUAACCAGAUUCUGACGGAUAUCAGAGCGUUGGAUGCUGAGAAGAAAGCAUUGGUCUAUGAUAAUUAUAGUAAAUUGAUUGCUGCUACUGAAACGAUACGGAAGAUGAGGGAUCAUAUGGGGAAGGAUAACCCGGUUGCGCGAGAGCUGGAUCCGAAAAUUAGGGGGAUUUAUAGGAAGGCUGUGGAGAUAAGGGGGGAGUGGAGGGAGGGGGUUGAGGAGAUGAGCGAGAGGGAGAGGGAGGCCGCGAAGGAGAGGGACAGGAGGAGGAAGGUUGUUGAGAGGGUGCUAGAAACGCCGGAAAAGAUACGAUUAUUAGUUGCUGAGGGAAAGAAUGAGCAAGCGAGAAAUAUGUGGGUUUACCCUUCAAAGUUGUUAGAGAGGUGGAGGGAGAGGGGAGUUGGUGGUGGGGAUGUAGAAGAUUGUAUUGAGGAUGGUGAGGCAGCUUUGAGGGGAGAGCCAGCGAAUGAGAAGAGUUGGGUUAAUGUCAAGGCAAAGAAGCAAUCGAAAUCAUGA